AUGUCAUCACGACUCGAAUGGGUUUAUCUGAUGAACGUUGCAAUGUAUUUGAAUACUAAAAUGGCAAUUUCGAAUUUUCUUUUUGUUAAUAAAAAGUGUCAAAAUGCUUUUAAAUAUCUUAAAAGAUCUCCCGUGUUUGUAGAACAUAUCACCUAUAUGUGGUACAUUUCACAUUUUAGUCCGAACACAAUUAAUUUGGGUAACGCUAGGCUUCCAGUUUCUUGUAUUCCUGAUAAUAUUAAAAUAUGGCGGUACCCCAACUUCAUGUAUGACUUUUCCAUUGGUGAUGUAGAAGUGGUGGCUGUAUUCUUGACAUAUUACACUUAUAACGGUCAAAACAAGUACAAUCGUUUGAAAAAAAUUACAGUUCAAAGCCGUGUAAAUACGAAUGAAGGUGUGUUUGAAAACACGUUUAAAUGUUUUGACACGAUAAGACUUUGUAUUGAUAGAAAUAAAACUGUUGUUCACGCAUUAGUUAUAAGUUAUAAUGAUACUAAAGACUUUGUAAAAUUAAUAGAACAGUUUCGUGAAAUAAAAUUCUACAACGCAUAUAUCGCAUGUGAUGGUAUUUUUGAAAAUAAUAAUGUUUUCGUUGCUCAGAAGGGACGAAUAUCAAUAUAUGGCCUUCCUCGAGAGAACAUAACUACUAUUUUGAAUAAAACAGCAACAACCGCAGUUUAUCAUAUUUAUGCCGAAGGAGUAAAAGAAGUAUGGAGUCUUCCUGAAAGUGUAAAAGAAUACACUUUAAGUAUGACUUUUUAUAAUAAAUAUUAUUACCAGUUCAAUGCGGAUACCACGUAUCUCAAAAAAUUGAAAAUUACAAAUAACGUGAAUAAUGUGGUCUUUAUUAACGUUUUCCUUUUUCUUGAAAUACUCGAAAUUGAAGAAUCCAAAAAUAUAUUAUUUGGAGUAGAUAGUAUUUUUGUAGUAUUGGAAGAACUGUACAUUAAGUGGUCGAACAGAAUCAAAAUAAAAAGUACUUUUGUGAACAAAAGUGUGAAAUUAAGUAGUUUCAUUUUAUCAUCAAAAGUGACUGUUUUAAACUCAAUGUUAAACGAAAGCCAUACAGUCAACGUUUGGGGUUGUGAAGACGUGAAAUUACACGAAGAAAUUAAUACUCUAAACAUUUAUGUGGAAAUUUCGAAUUGUAUAGAAGUGAGGAAUAAAACAUAUACAGGAAUAAUAGGCAAAAAUGAUUACAUUUCUAUGCCAGAUAAUAAAAUCUUUUUUGAGAUGAAUGACUUUAUCUCUCUUUUUUCAGAACUUUUAAUUCAAAGGAACCAUUUUGUUAUUCGAGAACAUGACAAUAAUGAUUAUUUAAUUGCCAUCUCAAGAAAUUUCAUGGAUGAAUUGUGUCAAUUACCAGUUCAAUAUAUUUAUAAAAAUGAAUUAUUUGAAGUUUUUGGUGUGAGAUAUUUUGAGGUAAGAGCGGGGUAUGGCUGGUAUAAUAUUGGAGUUCUCGACCAAAAGAAUUAUGAAACAUCGAAAAAUUGGGAUACAGAAUUUUCAAUUGAAUUCUAUUGUGGAGAUGGAUUUGUGUAUUCACAAUAUCUGAUAAAUAAGAAAAUAGAAACAGAGACGUUUAAGGAUGUAACACAUUCAAAUGAAAUUGGUAAAGUCAAUGUGUUUGGGUGUGGUAUUGUUAAACAACAAUAUAAUAAGAAACUUGUGUUCUUCACAGUCAAUGGGAAAAUUCAUAGUCAAUUUAUCGUCGAAAUUGAAGUUUUUGAUGCAAUUGUUUGCAUACGUCAAGCUGAAUCGUUUGAUAUUAUCUAUCCAUUUGAAGACGGGUACACCUUUGACUUGAAACAAAUUAUAAAAAAUUGA